ACACGGAUUGGAUGUGAAAAAAAAUUUAGAAGCUCUUUUGAAAGGAGUGACUGAAUUCAAGAUAGAAGACGGCAGUGUCCCCUCCCAUCUACUCAUCCAUGGUGCAUUAGCUUUUCCCAUUGCUAUGAAUGACUCCCACCAGGCAUUCCUUGCAGCUGCACACUAUGGCAGGGGCCGUGUUGUGGUACUCACUCAUGAAAACUUUUUUCAAGCAUCAGCAAUGAAAACCUUCAUUCUCAAUGCCAUUGACUGGCUUGAUGCUGGAAGGGGGGGAGAAGUUGGUGUUGCUAGUGAUCUGCAGGACUUUUUCACUCUCCUGAGCAAGGAGAAGAUCCCUUGCAAGCUAACAGAUCUUGAGGAAAGCCUGAGUGUGUACUGCUGCAAAGCCUACAGUGAUGAGGAGGUGGAGAAGAUUCAUGAGUUUGUUUCAACGGGUGGUGGUCUGCUGGUUGCAGGACAGGCAUGGUCCUGGGCUGCAGAGAAUGCUGAGGAGGAUGCCAUUGCUGAGUUCCCUGGGAACAAAAUACUGCAAAAGUUUGGAGUUGGUAUCUUAGGAGAUAACAUACUACCAACAAGUCAGCCAGUCUUAGAUCCUGAUGAGGUUAUCUCACAGUACCAUUUCCGCAAGGCAUUCUCCCAAUUUCAGCAAAACCUCGAGAAAAAAGAAGCUUUAAAGCCACCGUAUUCCUCCUGGCUCAAGAAAUUAGCACAGGACUCAAAAGUGUUCCUGAGGAUUCCAGCUCAGACCUCCCUAACUAUCUGGUCUGUUCAGGAGGAGAUGGCUGAGCUAGUGCUUUCCCAGGGGGUUCCUGAUGUCAGUGCUGACAGCCCCAUCAAAGGCAACUCUGAGGAAAUGGUUCUAAUCAACAUGGCUGCAGAGCUCUAUGACAGCUUCCCUGAUGUACAAAAACAAUUACGUGCUUCCAACCAAAAUCUUCCAGAAAUGGCUACGUCCCCAUCUGUAACUCUUCAGAUUGAUGGAAGAAAUGAAGGUCCAGAAGCAUGGAGAAGCACCGGGCUCUAUAUUCCUCCCAGAAGACUAGCCACUCUGCAUUUUCCUGCUUCUGCUAUUGCAGCUAACUUGGAGGUGCAGAUUGGCUGUCACACUGAUGACCUCAGCUCUGCUGCAGAGCUCAAGCGACCUCCCUUGGUGGUGAAGAAGUUCAAAGUCAAAAAAACCACCGUGGAAGUCUCUAGCCUGUGGGGUGGCCUCAUAUAUAUCGUAGUGCCAAAGGAGAGCACAUUCGGCCAAAUAUCAGUCACAAUAAAAGAGGCUGUUCAGGCUCCGUUCUUCAGGCUGGGGGAAACUGACACCUCUGCCUGGCGGUCAACCAUCCGUCGGUACCCAGCCCCCUGGGCUGAGCUGGCCACAGAGAACAUCAUCCUGACAGUACCAGCUGCUGAUGUACACCACAUGGACAACCCAGAGAGUCUGCUUUCCAUCUGGAACAAGAUGAUGAAUGCCAUAGCUAGACUGGCAGCCAUCCCAGCAACUUUUCCAAGGCCUGAGAGGAUGGUGGCAGAUGUCCAGAUAUCUCAUGGCAAGCCACCGGAUCAGAGUGAGGAAGUUGACGAGACCUUCUUCAGGCAGCUGAGAGCAGCCUUGCAAUCACAGGCCCUGGUUGUCAUGGGGGAUUUUAACUACCCUGCUGUUUGCUGGAGGGACUAUUCAGCCAGCCACCCACAAUCCAGGAGGUUCCUCCAGUGCAUCGAUGAUAACUUCCUGAUGCAAAUGGUGGAUGAACCAACCAGGAGAGGGGUGCUGCUGGAUCUCAUCCUCAGUAACAAGGAGGGUCUGGUUGAAGCA